UCUGGUAGGGUCCUCCCUCGCCACGCAGAAGGGAAGUGACGUCAGACACCUCCCGAAAGUCUACUGACAGAAACUGCAAAGACGGAUAACCAGCCAAUAUAACCUCGGCAAAAAUCCAUCUUCAUCCGUGGACAAUUGACGCGUAUCCGUGUCAAAAACAGCGGGAGCAUAACGUACACAUUUAGACCUUUCGAACGAGCCCCAUAUUGACCCAAUAUGAGGUUAGCGUCUUUUUAAAACAAACGGGGAAAGAUUGUGAGAGCCUUCACUCGGGAGACGACCUACAGGAAGACACCACCACCGAUACCAAGAGGGUUUCAUGUGUCGGGUGUUCUCGUCUGUUCUGCUGUUAAACAGACUCGAGCUUUAACCUGAAUAUUUUCGGUGGAUAUUUUGGAGCUAGCGAGUGCGCUAGCUAGCCGAACGCAGAUUGCCAAUCAUGGAGUUGAGAGUCGGGAACCGAUAUAGACUGGGCAGAAAAAUUGGAAGUGGAUCAUUUGGGGACAUCUACCUGGGUACCGACAUCUCCGUCGGAGAGGAGGUGGCCAUCAAGCUGGAAUGCGUGAAGACCAAGCACCCCCAGCUUCACAUAGAGAGCAAGAUCUACAAGAUGAUGCAGGGGGGAGUGGGCAUCCCGACAAUAAAGUGGUGCGGCGCCGAGGGCGACUACAACGUGAUGGUGAUGGAGCUGCUGGGGCCCAGCCUGGAGGAUCUGUUCAACUUCUGCUCUCGGAAGUUCAGCCUCAAGACCGUCCUGCUGCUGGCCGACCAGAUGAUCAGCCGCAUUGAGUACAUCCACUCCAAGAACUUCAUCCACCGAGACGUGAAGCCGGACAACUUCCUGAUGGGGCUGGGCAAGAAGGGCAACCUGGUCUACAUCAUCGACUUCGGCCUGGCCAAGAAGUACCGCGACGCGCGCACACACCAGCACAUCCCCUACCGCGAGAACAAGAACCUGACCGGCACGGCGCGCUACGCCUCCAUCAACACGCACCUGGGCAUCGAGCAGUCCAGACGGGACGACCUGGAGUCACUGGGCUACGUCCUCAUGUACUUCAACCUGGGCUCCCUGCCCUGGCAGGGCCUGAAGGCCGCCACCAAGAGGCAGAAGUACGAGCGCAUCAGCGAGAAGAAGAUGUCCACGCCCAUCGAGGUCCUCUGCAAAGGCUACCCGUCCGAAUUUGCCACCUACCUCAACUUUUGCCGCUCCCUUCGCUUUGACGACAAGCCGGACUACUCGUACCUCCGCCAGCUCUUCAGGAACCUCUUCCACCGACAGGGCUUCUCCUACGACUACGUCUUUGACUGGAACAUGCUCAAGUUUGGAGCAAACCGGGCCGUGGAGGACGCGGAGCGGGAGCGCCGGGAGCGGGAGGACAGGCUGAGGCACAGCAGGGCGCCCGCGGCCAGGGGCCUGCCCGCGGCCUCGGGGAGGGCCAGGGCGACUCAGGAAGUGGCGGCCCCCUCCCCACUCAACCCGGCCUCACACACAGGUUUGGAGAAGGAGCGGAAGGUGAGCAUGCGUCUUCAUCGCGGGGCGCCCGUCAACAUCUCCUCCUCGGACCUCACGGGGCGCCAGGACGCAUCACGCAUGUCCUCACAGGCCUUGUCCCGGGUCACACCCAGCGGCCUCCAGUCUGCAGCGCCGCGGUGAAACCCCCCCCCACCCCCCCCAUUCACCUGUGCACCACGGAGGCCUCAACAUGCACCGCCUGCAACACACACACACACACACACACACACACACAGAACUCUUUGAUGACACAGAGGACUACCAACCAAUGCACCAUAGUCUGGCUGCCCUCCCUGAACACCUGACGGAGAAUGUGGGAACACAACCAGGACUGUGUCUGUGUGUCUGUGUGACAAGGAUGGGUGGAGUACAGUUUUGGUAGCAGCCACGGCCUCCCCUCCCCCCCCCCCCUCCUUCCUGUUGAUGAAGCCAUGGAUCCACUUUCCUCUGGCAUCUUUUUAACACUUUGGUUUUACAUCUUUUUCUUCUAUCGCAUUUAAAGCGUCUCUCUUAAACACAAUCCCACUCCACCGAGGUUUGGAAAGGACGAGCGCGUUAGCUGUUUGAAAACGGUGUGGGGGGAAUUUUGCUUCUAAAGGACGGAUCUCAGGCUCUGUUCUGAGAACUGAAGGCAUUUUUUUUUUUUUUACCUUUUUCUUUUGGUGUGUGUGAUGUUUAACUGUAACGGUAGGAUGACCUCCUUGUUUUUAAAAGGGUCUUUUAAUGUGCUUGUUUCCAAUGGUGGUCCCACACUACCACUCUGUCUGUUUGAUUGUUGUCCCCCUCAGGUGCGUUGGACCCAGGACGUUGUAGUAGAUCAAACACGCGGCGCAUCUUUCCCCCCACCUUCAGGUCCCGACUGCGGUUACGCUUCUUUGAGAAAGCUGUGAAUGCAAAACGCUCCGUCAGCAACGAGCAGACGAGCCGUUGUUUUUAACCGGGUCCAUAGUGAUGUGUGUGUGUGUGUGUGUUGGUUUGUCUGUCUGUCUGUCUCGGGGGGGGGGUUAAACAAGCUGAAGUGGUUGGUGGGGGUUUGAACAUGUUCAGGGGUAUUUUCUUUUUGGGGUUUUCACUCCUUUGCCUCCCAAGCUCACUUUAGACCACCUCCCCACCCCUAUUGAAAACAGUAGGGCUUUAAAGGACCGGUUCCCCUCCCUGAAUCCAUCUUCCCAUGAGUCCCCUUUUGAAUCGGCGAGAAGACGGACGUCUCUGCGGCCGGGAGGCUCACACUCGGAUAAAUGGCACGAGGGAGAACCGUUUGUGUUUUGGAGGUGAACCGUGCCUUUGGCGCCGGGCGAGGUGGAGGUGAAGGCGCUUCUGGAGAGUGUUUGUCUUAAGGGGGGGGCGGCGGCACUUCUUUUGCCGGUAACCCUGCUUCUUUCUUUCUUUGUUUUUUUUUUUUUGCAUCCCUUCUGACGAUGAAUCCUGCCUCUUUUGGCGUAGAAAGUCCUCGAUGUGGUAACUGCUUGCAGAGUAUUGUCAUUCUUUCUGUAGUUUGGGGGGUGGGCGGGGUUGUAGUGGUGGUCUGUACCUGUUGGUUCUGUUUCUGUGUAUAUGAUGUGCUUAUACUCCGAAUGGCAAAUGUGCGGAGGGGAAGGGAAAGGAAGGUCUUACUCCAUUUUUUUUGUUUUGUUGUUGUUGUUUUCUUUUAAAAAAACAAAUAAAAAUAUACCUCACCUGUGGGCUUGAAAAAUCAACAAAAAAAAGCGAGGGUUUAAGUUGUUGGUCUCACUGAUGAUGGCUAUGAUAGAUGCAAGUACACUUAACAAGGGAUAAUAGACGUGGGUUUUUUAGUCUGUCAUGUCUACUUCUCUCAGUUCUUUCUACUUCUCACUUCCUGUCCCAUAUUUGCGUUUUACUGUGCGAGGGGGAUGCGGAUGCUCAUGUCAACAGUGCGUCGCUUACCGUGGACUCAUGGGAAUUCUUUUCUUUCCACUCGACACCUUAAGACUUUCGCUCCUCAUUUGUAAUGCCACUGUAUUUGUGUAUUUUAAAAGUGUAAAUAAAUAAGUACUUGUA